AUGGUGCUGCUGUCGGGGGCCGGGGGGCAGCUGGCCGGGGAGCGGGUCUGCCCCGCUCCGGGCUCCGGCAAGGAGCUGCCCGAGGCGGAGAGCGGCCCCGAGCAGGGGGCGGAGGGGGCUGCCGGCCAGGGGCAGGGCGACGAGGAGGAGGAGGAGGAAGAAGAGGACUGCGAGGAGUACGAGGAUUUCUCCGAGCUGCCCGACACCUGCAGCAUCGCCUCGGACGACUCCUUCUACCCGCCGGGGGGGCUGGAGGACGGGGCGGAGGACGGCUGGUCCCUGGAGCAAGGGGACGGCGGCAGCCCCGAGGCGCUGAGCCUCUUCCGAGCCUGCUGCACCAACAACGCCGUGGUGCUCCGGGCGCUCAUCCGACAGGGCCCCGAGGAGGAGGAGGUGCGGGAGACCGACCGCAACCGCCGGAAUGGUCUGAUCGUUGCCUGUUACCAUGGGUAUGUGGAUAUUGUAAUCGCCUUAUCACAAUGCCCUCACCUUGAUGUGAACUGGCAGGACAACGAAGGGAACACGGCCCUCAUCACAGCUGCGCAGGCAGGGCACAUAACCAUUACAAACUACUUGUUGAACUAUUUUCCCGGGCUUGACAUUGAGAAGAGGAACGUGUUCGGAUUUACAGCACUGAUGAAAUCUGCAAUGCAGGGACGAACAGAAUGUGUGAAAGCCUUGAUGUUGGCAGGGGCCAAUGUUCACUCGACUGAUCCAAGCCGUGGACUGACUUCGUGGGAAUGGGCUUGUUACACAGGAAGAUCAGAAUCUGCCUUCAUCAUGCAAAAGCUGAUGGAUAGGCCAUGCCCAGAACAGUUAUGUGAUCAAUACAAACCAGAAUGGCCAAAGAUGAAGGAACUCCUUGCCAAGGCUGCAGAGCCAAAGACCUGUUUGCAGAGGAUUUCUGAGUGCAUGAGGUCAGCUGUCUCAUUCCAGGCUUUCCAUGGCCCAGAAGAAGGUGGGGUCCUUGAUCACAUGGUGAAGGUGACCACAAGCUUAGGCAGCCCUUUCAUUGCUCUGUCAUGCAGGACUGUGUGCCCAGGAAGCCCACCUUCUGUGGGAAAACGCAGACUGGCUGUGCAGGAAAUCCUUAGGAAGCAGAGAGCUGAGGAGAUCCGAUCCCUGGACAAAGACCAUGUUAGCAGCUAUGAGAAAUUAUUUCAGAACUCCAAAAUCACAUUGAUCCCCAAGAAGAAGGACCGGCGAGCCAGUCUGCAGCCCGUCAGCCUUGCAGUGUCUCAAGUGAACACUAUAGCCACCAGGAAAACAAGCCUCUUGCCGCUCCACCUGCUCAGACGGAGCAGUGUGAGACCAGGAUUUGUCAUCCCCAAAGUCCGUAUCAGCAAGGCUCCUCCUCCCACCUUCCAGCCAGAAAAGGCGAGAAGGAGGAGCAGUGCUAAAGAUGACCCCUAUUUGCAGAUUCCUAAAUGGAGGUACAAGGAGCUAAAAGAGGAGCGGAAGAAGGCAGAGGAACAGGAGAAGAAAAGAGCCGAAGAGGCUCAAAAACAGAGGCAGGUGUCUCCUGCCAGAUCCAGGACCUGAUUUAAUGGCAGUGAGGAAGGUUUGAGAGCCAUUAGUCUUGUUAUCUGAGCAAGAUAACAGACUGCAUGCCAUCAUGCAUGCCUGCUGUUGCUGGAGCUGGAAUACUGAGCAAUGGCCUUUACAGUGCAUAAACAGGGCAAGGGCUAUGCCUCGGUGUGUAUGAUCAUGGACGUGAAGGUACUUUGGGGUGGGAGACAGAAAAGUUUACCUGUCUGCUCUAUAGGAAAUUUAAGUGGUGCCAUCCUUUUAUGGUUUCCUUUUUUUCCAGUUCCAGGUGAAUGACAGAGGAGCAGCUCGAAAAACAACAUGUGUGAAAGGAUCAUAUUUUGUGUUUGAUCAUUUUGUAAUGGACAAAAUUGAGGAGUUGUGCUUUUGACACUAGAUAUUUUUCCUCUCCUUGUAUAGGUAGACAUAUUUCAAAGUUUUAUAGUAAUAAGGAAAAGUUUAAAAUAUA